CCUCUCGCCUCUCCGUUUCCCCGCUGCGCGCGCGCGUGCGUCCCUCUCGUUCCUCUGGAAUCUGGAUGCAGUCAAACGCCGUGCUCGGAGCUUUGGAUUCGCUAGCUGCGUCUCACGAUUCCCGGGGAGGUUUCUCGGCGGCCUGUUCUGCGCAGGGAGCUCGGGGUCAUGGUGUGGCACGGUGUCCUUUCAACUUGACCUUCGCCACCGUUAGCUAGACUCGUUCGUGAUCUCAGAUGGACACCCUAGUGACACUAUACCAUGGAGGAAGCGUGGAGCAAGAUGUUUAUGGGAAUGUUAGUUUUUAUGCUAUGAAGAAUGUGACCGUGAUGUUCGAUGAAAGACCCUCUUUUGGCCAGAUUUUCGCUCGGGCUUGUGAGGAGAUUAGUUGCAAUUUAAACGACCCUAGCAUAUCAAUUGAGGGUUUAUUGUCCCAUGUUACAUCUGGGACAGUUGUUCGACGGUUGAUCUCCAUUGCCUCUGAAGAUGACUGGGUGAAAUAUGUCAAAAUUGUGAAGACAAUUGUUCCCCCAUAUUUGGAUGUGGUUGUUCGAAAGUUAUCGUUUAGUCAUUGCGAUGCUCCAGUCGGGUUAUCUCCACAAAUGCCAAAUGCAUGUCGUAUUGAAGCUCCUUUGCCUGAGCUUCCGGAAGAAGUGGUUGUUGUGCCAGAUGCUCAAUCGGCCUCGAACGAGUUUAAGAUUUCUCGUCCUGUUCGCGGCGUUUGUGGGUCUUCGAAUCCGGUGGUACCCCCUCAGGAGAUCCCAUUGAUACAGGAUCCAAUCCAGGAUCAUCCUAGAUCUCCACAACUAGAUAAUGGUGCUUAUCUUCAUGUGCCCCUAUCAUUCAAUAUGGAACACAUAUGCAGUGCCUCAAAUAGUGUUGAUGUUCAGAUUGAGGAUGAGGAGGAGCCAUAUGAGGCUGCACGAGCCUUAGAUUCUGAUGAUGACCGCCCGGUUCAAGAAAUGACCGAGCAAGAAAUUGAACUCAUAAGACGUUUGUGUCCCGAGCGUGACCCUGCAGUACAUGAAUCUAGCAGUCUAAGUCAUUGCAACGGUGCAUAUGCAGAAGGACGUGAUGAUGAAUUGCUAGAGGCUUCGGAUAACGCCGACAACAUUGAUAUUAAGGUAGGCUUACUUUUCAAAGAUCUGUCUACACUGAGACAAUGGCUACAGGAAUAUUCCGUGAACCGCAAGAGGCCGUUCAAGGUGAGACACUCAUAUGCACAGCGUCGUUACACAGUUGUGUGCGAGGUGUCAGAAUGUAAUUGGAGGGUAUGUGCCCGAAGGCAGAAGGAAACCGGAAAGUUUAAAAUCACAAAAAUUGUAGGUCCACACACUUGUGCCCAGACAGAGCUGAGCUCUAAGCAUCGUCAGUUGACAUCUACCCUAAUUGCGAAAAGGCUAUUGGGGACAUUGAAGGGUCAGCCAAACUUGAAGGUGAAGUCAAUUAUGACCAUGACUUGGGAGUUGUUUGGUUACAAGAUCAAGUAUGGGAAAGCAUGGAGGGCAAAGCAACGAGCAUGGAAGAUGAUAUACGGGGAUUGGGAGGAGGGUUACGAGAAGUUGCCAGCAUUGUUCAAUGCAAUGAAAGCUAAAAACCCAGGCAUGCAUUACGAGUACAUCCCUAAACCCAACGAAUGGAGGAAUGGCAGAGAGAUCUUCUUUCGUGCUUUCUGGUGUUUCUCGCAAUGCGUAGAGGCCUUCAGGCAUUGUCGUCCCGUGCUGUCUAUUGAUGGUACUUUUCUGCUUGGGAAGUAUAAGGGCACAUUGUUGGUUGCCAUAUCAUGUGACGCGGACAACACAUUGGUUCCUUUGGCAUUUGCUUUGGUGGAGAGGGAGAACAGAGAGAGUUGGGCUUGGUUCUUGCGACUUGUUCGGAUCCAUGUCGUGGGUCCUGGUCGCGAGGUUGGUGUCAUAUCUGACAGACAUCAGGGUAUUCUUAAUGCAGUGCAAGAGCAGAUUCCUGGCUACGCACCCAUGCACCACAGAUGGUGCACUCGACAUCUAGCAGAAAAUCUUCUUCGAAAGGAUCGUAGCAAGGCUAAUUUCCCCCUUUUUGAGGAGAUCUGUCAACAAUUGGAGGUUUCGUUUUUCGAGGACAAGUUGAAGAAACUAAAAGAUGCAACAAAUGCUGAAGGUAAGAACUGGAUUGCUGGAUUGUUGAGGGAACCCCAAAAAUGGACAAGUGCCUAUGACGAAGGUGGUUGGAGGUUCGAGUUCCAGACUAGCAACAUGGCCGAGUUAUUUAACAGUGUGCUGAAGGGUAUACGCGGAAUGCCAGUCAAUGCUAUAGUAACAUUCACUUUCUAUAGGCUCGUGGCUUGGUUUAAUGAUAGACACGCACAGGCCAAGGCAAUGCAGACGCGAGGUCUGAGAUGGGCACCUAAACCAACAACACAUCUUAAUAAUGCAAAGGAACGGGCCAAUAGACAUGAGGUACAAUGCUUUGAUGAGGAUUUGGGAAAAUACGAGGUAAGAACGAUGGGUGGCACAACUUCCGACGGUGAGGUGCGGCCUUCGAGGACACAUGUUGUGUUACUUGAUGCAUUUUCGUGUGGUUGUGGUAAACCUAGACAGUACCACUUUCCAUGUUCUCAUUAUGUUGCCGCCGCACGUCAUCGUAACUUUGCAUUUGAGAGCAUGAUCCCUUCGGAGUUCAGUGUGGAGAGCUUAGUACGUACUUGGAGCCCUCGUUUUGAGCCAUUUCUUGACGAGUCACAGUGGCCAACGUACACCGGUCCGAUAUACAUUGCUGAUCCAGCGCAUCGCUGGGACAAAUGUGGUACUAGGAAAAGGAGCCGAUGCAACAUGGUUAUGUGGACCUUAUGAUGAAAACUUUGUAAUGUGGACCUUGUGAUGUCAACUUUGUGAUGUCAACUUUGUGAUGUGGACUAUGUAUUGUGGACUAUGUUAUGUGGACCUUGUAUUAAGGACUAUGUUAUGUGGACUUUGUGAUAUUCUGUGUUAUUUGUGAUGUAUUAUAUGCUGAAAUGUGGUGAUAUCUUAUAAUAUGUGAUUAUUUCAAUUGUGGUUGUCAAUAAAACAUGGAAAACUCUUGCGAUU